UCUCUCUCUCUCUCUCUCUCUCUCUCUUGUAUUAGGCAGACGACACAUAAAAACGCAAGCAUUAAAACUUGUGCGAGUCGGCCAAUCGCGGUCGAGGAUUCCUAAGAAAGUCAGUCUACCAUUUCGAAAUUCUCAAUCGCGAUUGGUCAACUCGCCUGUGUUCUAACUUAUGUGUUUUGUGCGCGCCUAGUGCUUCGUACCUUGAUGCUUGGAACUUCUUGGUCUGUCCUGCCUAUCUUGUUGCAGGGACGCCUUAGUUUACGCCCGACUUCGCAAUCGGUCGGCCGAUCUCUAAGAUUGAUUUAGCCUAAGACAUUCCACACUUUAAUUUUUUCUUUGUUCUUUUUUCUUCUUUUUUCACUAUUAUAUAGCUCUCUUUCUUUUUUUCCGAUCUAAUUCCGGAAAAGUUUGUCAACUGCUGCCCACGCAUGUCAGCCACGUGUUCGAGGAUCAUUUAAAUCGUUCACAGAUAUCUCUGACGGGCAGAGCCAAUAAUUGAUCAGAAUAAUUGUCGAUAACGAUGGCGAUCGGUGAGGAGGUUGGCGAUGAGGACGGUGGCGGCUUUAGUGAUUUCACUACUGGGUCGAUUCAAAUGAUCAAUCGCAUCGCGGUAGUUGCGGGUGAUCCAAUUGGCACGUUGAGACGCGACGACGUCGAUGCCCGGCGCCAUCAAGUCGACGACGUCGAUCUCGACGAUUCGAGUGAGGGUAAUUCUUUUCUAACAGAGAGUGUGACAGUAACAAUCGACGCGCCGAUCGGAAAGCUAAGGAGAAUGCCGAGAGUAGAAAAAACGAUGGCGCAGAUGGAUGGAAACGCGAUGUGCCAAAAGGGAGAUUUCGAUGAUAAAGACCGUGUGAGCGAGCCGGCGAGUAUGGUCGCCGGACCGCCCGACGGUGGUCUCAGGGCCUGGAUGAUUAUGAUUGGCAGUUUCACGAUCAACGGUGUACUCUUCAGCAUCAUCAACACGUACUCUCUCAUCUAUCCGGAACUGCAAAAGCGACUGACUGAGGCCGGUGAGACGGAAGUUUCCUCUAAAGCAGCUUUGGUGGGUUCGCUGACUAUUGGAACUACGUUCUUUUUAUCGCCGAUUGCCGGUAUGCUAACGGAUAAAUUCGGUAUCCAAACAACUACAUUUGUCGGGGGUGCGAUUGCAUCUGUUGGCCUAUUGCUCUCCUCGCUUCUGACAGACAAGGUGGAACUGCUCUUUCUCACGUACGGCGUUAUGUACGGUCUUGGUGCGAGUCUUGCUUAUACCCCGAGUUUGGCGAUACUGGGUCAUUACUUCAAGAAGUAUUUAGGUUUAGUAAACGGCAUUGUUACGGCUGGGAGUUCGAUAUUCACAACGCUUUUGCCGUCUCUAAUGGAGUUCCUGCUACGACGUUUAGGUUUGGAAGGAACACUUAGGAGCUUGGCCAUACUUACAGCUACUAUUAUGGCUUGCGCGAUCCUCUUCAAGCCGAUACCACUAAUUUUACCGCAAAGAAAUGAGUCCUAUGAAACAAAGUCAAUACGAAAACGUCUGAAGGAAUUCGUAAACGUAUCUAUUUGGAAAAAGAAGCGAUACGUCGUGUGGGCUAGUUCUAUUCCUCUUGCUCUUUUUGGAUACUUCGUUCCGUACGUUCAUAUAGGAAAGUUUGUGGCUAUGACGUUCAAAGAUGCCGACAGCAAACUACCAGUUAUGUGUAUUGGUAUUACUUCCGGUAUUGGCCGUUUAAUUUUUGGCUACAUCGCUGAUUUGCCGAAAGUGAAUCGCAUAUUCUUGCAGCAGAUAUCAUUUAUAAGCAUCGGCAUCCUUACGAUGCUUCUUCCAGUCACAAAAUCUUUUAUUAUACUUCUUACUAUCUCGCUGGGUAUGGGACUAUUCGAUGGAUGCUUUAUAUCGUUACUCGGUCCGAUUGCGUUCGAUAUUUGUGGUCGCAGCGGUGCAACUCAAGCCAUCGGCUUUCUUCUGGGGAUGUGUUCCAUACCUCUAACGGUUGGUCCACCCAUUGCAGGACUUCUAUACGAUCACACUGGUACCUAUAAUCUGCCCUUCUUUCUGGCUGGCAUUCCUCCGAUAGUAGGAGCUUUAACAAUGUUUCUAAUAAAGUGUGUUAAAGAAACUGAUGGGAAUUUAAACAACUGUGAGAACUCCUCAAGCAAAACGGAAUACCAGAAUGGGAAAGUGAAGGAUAGUUUCUCAUCGGUCAUCGAGCAAAAAUAUAAAUUUUCGGUGCAAGAAAGAAACAACACAACAUGGAAAAACUCGCUGUCUCAGAGCCAUUAUGUCAAACAACAAGCUGAUUUACAAAACAGUCUAGCACGCAAAAACAACGCCAGUUACUGCAGAUAUUCGGAGAGUGUACCAUUGCUUUAUAAAGAAUAGAUCCCACGAUACCCGAGUGCGAGUUUCUCUUAGUAAAUUAUUCAUACUGAAGCAUAUAGCAUACUGAAGAGUUUGGUAAUAGCUAUCAAACGUUGAGUAAAAUAAUGCCAAUUAAAUAUUUGAUUAAUAUAACAAAAAA